CCUGUCGCGCGGGGGCGGUGGCGGAAGCGGCGGGCGCGGCCAUGGCGGCGGCGGCGGGGCAGCAGUGGGUGCUCGUGGAGAUGGUGCAGGCCUUCUACGAGGCCCCUGCUUACCAUCUCAUUUUAGAAGGAAUUCUAAUUCUAUGGAUAAUCAGACUUCUAUUCUCCAAGACAUAUAAGCUUCAAGAGCGAUCCGAUCUAACACUUAAGGAAAAAGAAGAAUUGAUUGAAGAAUGGCAGCCAGAGCCUCUUGUACCUCCUGUGCCAAAAGAUCACCCAGCUCUCAAUUACAACAUUGUUUCAGGUCCUCCCACCCAUAUAAUCACUGUUAAUGGGAAGGAAUGUAUAAACUUUGCAUCAUUUAACUUUCUUGGACUUUUGGAUAAUGAAAAGGUUAAGAGUGCAGCCCAGGCAUCUCUGAAGAAAUACGGUGUUGGCACUUGUGGACCUAGAGGAUUCUAUGGUACUUUUGAUGUGCACUUAGAAUUAGAAGAACGGCUUGCAAAAUUCAUGAGGACUGAGGAAGCUAUUAUAUACUCGUAUGGAUUUGCAACAAUUGCCAGUGCUAUUCCUGCAUAUUCAAAGAGAGGGGACAUUGUGUUUGUAGAUGAAGCUGCCUGCUUUGCUAUUCAGAAGGGAUUACAAGCAUCUCGUAGUAACAUCAAGUUGUUUAAGCAUAAUGAUAUGGCUGACCUUGAACGACUGUUGAAAGAACAAGAGACUGAAGAUCAAAAGAAUCCUCGCAAGGCCCGUGUAACCCGAAGGUUUAUUGUAGUUGAAGGACUGUAUAUGAACACAGGAGACAUUUGCCCUCUUCCAGAGUUGAUAAAGUUGAAGUAUAAGUACAAAGUUAGAAUAUUUUUGGAGGAGAGCCUUUCCUUUGGAGUCCUUGGAGAACAUGGAAGAGGAAUUACUGAACACUUUGGAAUAAAUAUCGAUGAUAUAGAUCUUAUUAGUGCAAACAUGGAAAAUUCACUGGCUUCUAUUGGAGGAUUUUGCUGUGGAAGAUCUUUUAUUAUUGACCAUCAGAGACUGUCUGGUCAAGGCUACUGCUUUUCUGCAUCCCUACCUCCUUUGUUAGCUGCUGCUGCUAUUGAGGCUCUGAAUAUUAUGGAAGAUAAUCCAGACAUUUUUCAGACUCUCCGGGCUAAAUGCGAACACAUUCACAAAGCUUUACAGGGGAUUUCUGGCUUAAAAGUGGUGGGAGAAUGUUUUUCUCCAGCAUUGCACUUACAGUUGGAGGAGAGCUGUGGAUCUCGAGAAAAUGAUGUGAAGUUACUCAAAAGAGUUGUGGAUUAUUGCAUGAACAGUGGUGUUGCAUUAACGCAGGCUUGCUAUCUGGAGAAGGAAGAAAAAUGCCUUCCUCCACCCAGUAUUCGAGUUGUGAUAACAGUGGAACAAACAGAACAAGAACUGGACAAAGCUGCAUCACUUCUUAAGGAAGCGGCACAGUCUGUGUUGAAUUAGAUUGCUGCUUUGGAUUCCUCUUUCCCCAAAUUAUUGGGAUAAGUGUUUCACACUGCAUAGGCAACUUCCAGAUUCUUCCACUGAUGGCAUUGAAACACGACUAACAAAAUUGUUCCAGAGUAGUACAAAUCCAGUGAGGGGAAAAACGCUGAAUUUUGGAAUUGGUGAAUGACACUGUGUUCUUCCAAUUCAAACUCUACUGUUUACUGUCAUUUCUUAAAAGGGGAUAUCACUGUUGCAUUUAUGACUCUUUUGUAACUGUAAUCUAAGAAGUUUUAAAUUUAUUUCUUCAGACUCUUAAACAUUUUCAAAAAUGUGUAUGGACAUUUUGUUUCCCCCCAAACCAAAUAAAAUGUAUUGUUUUUUGUGCAUUUUCUCAGAACAUAGGAACUUCAGAUAAGUUGCAAGGAAUUAUCCCUUCUUGCCUCCCAAAUGAAAAUAGACUGUUCCUAACACUGCCAAAAGGAAGAAAAUAACACAUGAGGAUAUAAUUUUGUGCUAUAUUAUAUCAUUUAUUAUUGAGUUACAAUAAUAACUCAAUAUUGAGUUAAAGACAGAGGAACUUUAAUUCUUUUUUGUUUAUAUAUCUUUCUUUAACCAUUUUUUGGAAGCCAGGUUUUAAGAAUGCCUGGCCAGAGAAUUCCAUUAUCUAAAUAGUAAAUUCAUAUUAAAUACUAUUUGCUUCCUGCAUUCCAUAUGUAAUUAUAUGCGUGUUUGAUACUAUGGGUUAAGUUUUUCAUAUUAUUAACUUUAAAAUGUCUAAACUCAAACCUCUGAAUUGUGAAACUGGUGUAAUUCCGAUGUAGCAUGUUCCAGUUAGGGGAUCUUUGCACCAGUCUUGAAGAGGGGUCAUAGGCAACAUGAAAAAGGAACCAAGAUUUUGAAACAGCAACUAAAUACUAGCUUGUCAAACUACUUUGAUAUGUGCUAAGUUUUAUGUCCAAACAGGUAUAUCUUAGAAGGGAAGACUCACAGCUACUAAGAGGUUAGAUGGUGCAAAUGCUACUGAAACACAACUCAAUCCAUGCACAUAAAAUUCCCAAGUAAUUUGACAGUAAUAUUUGGAGGCUGUGCUGUCAGGAUUUUCAGUAAGUACAGAUGGACAUUACAUAUACGAACACAUUACAUCAAUAAGGAAACUGGUAAGGAAGGAUGUACCUUUUUAUAAAACAAAAAACAGCUUUGUAUUUCAGGAACUUGCUCUAAGAAUGCUUGUCUAAAAAUUUUGUAUUCUGCCUAAUCUGUGUUGUUUUGUACUUAUGUGCCUUUUUGGUUGCUGCUACAAGGACUGCGGGACUGUUUUUGAGAAACACCAUUGUUAAAUAAAAAGUUAAUCAUGUUUGAUUCAGAUUUUUACUUAAUUAGAUUUUGUAGCAUGAUUGACCAUAUAUUAUUGAAUAUUCUAUAUCAGAUAAGCAUAGACUACAUUGCCUCCUUCAGUUCACAGUGACUGUUUCUGUGCUGGCUUUCAAAACUUUCAGCUGUGUACAUUCAGAUACAACAGCUAAAGUUGUGUUGGGGCACUUUUGUGGUUGUUGCUUGACUAUUUUGAAAUAGUCAAAUCAUUAUCUGUGCAUGUAGAAAAGCCUUCAUCCCAAUGUGAAAGGGUACUCCUAUUUCACUGACAUUUAUGUUUUUCUCUGUUACUGUGAAUAAAAGCCUGUGAGAAGCUGACAAUGUAAAAGAGAAAAAAAAAUGGGUGGAAUGAAGCUGAUUCCCAUUUUACAGACUGGAACUGAAGUGCAGAACAGUCCAACCUCAAGACCCUCAGAGACUGAGAGAAGUGGAAAUUCAAAGUUAUCACUAUACUUUAAGCUCGUGAGCCAUUUUUGAUUUGAUAGAUGAAACCUUCAUAUUCGAGUAAACUCAAGCCUUUGAUGUAUAAGCUUGGAACAAGUGAGGUACUUUGAUUCCAGUGCAGCAUAAUAAAUGGUUUUGGAGUUAAGGUAAACCUGGAGAGGUAAGCAAAUCACCAUUUAGCAUUGAAAUCCUAGGCUGCAGAAUCUAUAUUCACUUUUCACAUUUUGUUUUGGAUUGUCUGCAAAUGGGGUGGACUAUUUUGUUGCACUUAGAGAACUAGAAUUAACUUUUAGAUACAUGGAUUCAUGUUAUUAUUUUUGUUCUUGGUCUUUGCUUUAAAAUGAAGUGAUGACAACUGUAGUAGCAGGAAGCAGAGUGAAAUUUCUAUCAGUUUCAAAGCUGUAACUAAGUGGUUCUGAUGAAAUAAAAAGUGUUGCUAAGAGAUGCCAUGAUCUGAUUCAUUUGACAAACACAUGCUCACCAUUAAAAAACAUUGAUAAAACUGCCUUUGUCCAUUUUUGUUGUUUACCAGUGAAAAGAAAAGUUUAGAUCACAUUGAAGUGAACACCUCAUGGUUGAUAAUACUUAAAGUACUGUUAUGACGUGUGUUUAACUGACAGGUUAUAUGCAUGGUCUGUGUGAGAAAUUAAGACACUUACUAGAUGUUACUGGUGGGGAGGGAUAUCCCUGCACAGUUGAAGCAUGUCUGGCCCUCUUGGUUUUGACUUUUUUGAUAAAUGUCUCUGACAUGGCAAGCAGAUGAAGGAAAGGAUGGCUCUGGGGAAAAGAGUUGGUGGGGGUUAGGGAGACAGCAGGUGAUUCUGGUUAAACUUCUGACAUUUAAAAAUCAGAAGGCUGUUAAGGUGCUUAACUUCUCAGUGCUCUAGGCUGAUAAAUAUAUGAACAAGCCUUUGUUAGUUGCUUUGUAGUUAUGUUUGGAUGAAGUGGGAUUUUUCCAUCCAUUUCUUCAGAUGUAGGCAUGAGAGUGGGGUCAAGUGGAAAGCUAUUCCACAAGAUGCUGAAAGAUGAAUCAAACACAAGGGCUGUAUCCCAAACUUCAAAGUACCUAUUGAAAAUAAAUAUUGGGAUGCCAAAUUUUAUUUCAAUUAAUUUAUGUCUUUUGCUUUGCCAAGUAUUUGGAACAGAGUUUCAGCUAAGUGGGUAAUAAAUCCGGUAUUAUAAAAUAAAUAGUGAUCAAAAAUAAGUGUUGUUAAUUUUUUUUAUUGACUAUUCAUAUCUGGUAGCUGAGAAAGAAUGCAUUUUAACUGUACAAAAGUUGACCAUUUACUGAAAUUUUCCUGAUGAAAGCAGUUUUUUGCAAUAUUUGGAGACUGGGGUGGACUGGAAAGAAUUUAUACUUUGAAGGUAUUUUAGCCAGAAGAAAGAUGUCUACGUGAUGUGUGUAUAUUUUCCUACUUUAUAUAUAUAAUGUAUAUAUAUUCUUACUUUAAAGAUAUCUGUUUUCCUUAAAUAUUUAAAGUAAUUGAUUGCUAUAUGUGUAGGUUCAUGAUUUUUUAUAGGGAAAAAUACAGAUGCCUUUUCUGUUUGUUAUAGUAAUCAUUGUUUUUGGACAGGAGGUGAAAUGCAUAAGGAGAGUAUUAAGAAAGAAAGAGGCGUAUGGCUGAAUAACUUUGAUUUUAUUUUUUUUUCACUUUUGAAAUACGAUCCCAGUCAAUGCACAGAAUGGUGUACUGUCUCCCUUCUGUCAUUCCAUCUGGACUUUAUUAAUAAUUUUAAACAGGGUUGUGGAGUGUUGGCAUUCACUGGCCUAUGAAGCUGCUACCGCGAAAGUGUCUUGCAUCUUAAGAUGGCUGGAGAAAUGUACAUGAGCUGGAAAUGCUGCUUAAACAGAGGAAAUAUUUACAACUAACACAAAGCAUUUGUACAUUAAACUGUUUCACUGUCCUAAUAAAAGGAAGUGUCUGGAUAACA